AUGGUCACUGCGGCCAUUGAGCAUGUGCUGGUCAAGUUCCUUCAGCCUUACGUUGAUGGAAUCGACAGCAACGACCUGCGGCUCUCACUUUGGAGUGGAAACCUGGAGCUCAAGGACCUGAAGGUCAAGGAAGAUGUUCUCGGUCUCCUAGGCGUGGAAGGUGUUCGAGUACGAAAUGGCCGUGUUCAUAGAAUCAAGAUUACAUUGCCGAGCAAGACGAGGCUUCUCUCAGGAAAGAUCAGCGUGGAAGUCGAGGGUGUGCAGCUGCAAGCCGAACAUCUCACAGAGAGCUUGGCGGAGUCUGUUCUCAGGAAAAAUAUGAGGGAUACCAAGCUACAAGCCAUCGAGCUACGCAUGGCCCAACUUCGAGAUGUUUGGAGACGCAAGCAGCAAGCGCAGGAAGCCUACGACCAAGCCGAGCCAGGCUUCGGCAUCAGGUUUGCGAGGCGUCUCGUGAACAAUCUGAGCCUAGAGCUGUCGAAGGUGGACGUUUCCUUCUCCAGCCUCAACCCUGCAGCUGUUGGCGCUGCGAAGAUGACGUCUUUGCAAGUGCUCUCCACGGACAGCUCCUUCCGGAGAUUCAAGCAGGACGAGGUUCUGGAGGCAAAGGGAACCUCCCUGUACAAAAUCCUCAGCUUCGACGGCCUGAGCUUGGCCUAUGGCCAGUCGAUGGAGGCCCUGGCAAACCUUGUGAGCCCAGUCCGGGCGGAGUUGAAGUUGGGCCACGUCCCCGAUGAUGGACUGCUGCGAUUGGAAGUUGAUCUCGGUACAGAUAAGCCCACCGAGAUCCACACCAAGCGCUCGCAGCUCAUAGGUGUGCUGGCCCUGAAGACAGCACUGAGCAAAAAGUGGGAGGAGCUGCGUAAACUUCUCGUCGAUCCGAAGGAAGAAGAGCGGCUGAAAGCACGCCUCGACGACUCGGAGGACAAAUACUUCAAGCUCUUCCGCCAGCGGUGCCUUGCCAAUGUCGAUGUCACAGAGGAGAAGGUGGUCGCCGCGCUUUAUCAAACUGGACUUAACUGCAGCCAGCUUGAACAGCCGGAGCAAGAGGAGCUGGAGACCCUGGAGACGGUUCUUCCUGUGCAGCUUCUGGCUUCGGCCAGAUGCAGGGCGGAAGACUUCAUUACGGAACUGGUCAAAAAGGCCAAGCCGCAGGAGAAAAAGUCCGGCGGGUGGUUCAGCCGGACCUUCUUCGGGCACAAGGAGCCAGAGGAGUCAUCCCUGGACAAGCUCAGCGUGGAGGAUCUACUCACUGAGUUGCAGAGUGCUGCAGACGUAGAGGUGGUGGAGCCCCCGCAGAAGUUGGUCGUGCAGUUAUGUGGCGGAGGAGUCCUGAUGGACAUCCAAGACGAUACUGCAGUUGAAGUGAUGCAGCUUCUUUCACUGGACCUGAGCACGACGUCCCUGGCGGUGAAUGUCGAGUCAGCCACGGACCACAAGGGGCAGAACUCGGCAGCUUUCAGCCUCUUCCUGGCCCUGGGUUCGGUGAAUGUGUCGCACCAGCAGAAGUCUUUCUUCCGGCCGAAGCAGGUGGGCUCGAGCGACGAGAUCAUGCAGCAAGCUCUGGAUCUCCGACUGGAAAACAAGCUGGAGCCCACCCAGAACCUGUUGGAAGUGAGCCUCACCUUUGCCCCGCUGGAGAUUUUCAUGAUCCCCGGCCUGGUGGCUUCGAUUCUGGGCUUCUAUCCCGACGCUGCCGAGGUCGAAGAAGCGGCAGGUGUCUGUGCCCCGGUCGUCAUGAAGACGAUUGAGGCUUUCGUGGAAGACAAGGAAGCGAAGGCUACAAGGGCUGAGCGCCUCAAGAGCGUGCUGGAUGCCAAUGCGGACAGGGCCAAGGAGCUUGCCCAAGAGGUGUACAACCGCAUCCCUGACCGCAUCAGUCUGGCCAUCAACCUCUCUGCUCCCACCGUGCACGUCCCUGUCGCCAGCGUGGGCAAGGCUGUGAUCACUUUGGGCCAGCUUACCCUGGAGACUCCAGAGCCGUGCCUCUUCGAGUGCUUACAGUUUGAGCUGCAGCUCAAGAACACGCAGGUCUCCACGGUGUUUGCAACCGGUGAUGUGUUUGACGUGGUGGAACCGCUUCCGAUUACCAUUUCGCUCAAGUAUGCAGAGACGCCCAAGGAUGUUUCCAUUGUUGUCGCCAUCAAGAUUGGACACCUGAGCCUGUCGGCCUCGCCAAAUUCUGUGAACCUCCUGAUGGGACUCCCGCAAGCAGUAGUGGACAUGCUGACGGUGCCAAUAACCGUCCGGCAAAAGAAGCCCGCAGUUCUGGACAAGGCCCUUGAGGCCGUCCCGGUGCAGAAAGAGCUGAAGCGGGCAGGCAGUGCCGUCGGUUUCAGCGCGACCGAAGUGCUGGGCGAAGAUUUCGUCGCGUUCAAAAGGGCCGAGGAGCUGCAGAAGAAGCCCAUGCGGACCAGCGUGUCACUGGCCUUCGAUGAUGCCACCUUCUCCCUCAGCGACUCGAUCAUGCCGCUCCUGCGCUUGAAAAUGGAGGCCAUGCCUCCCGGGCUGCAGGUCAGUGUUGAGAGUGGAAAAGUGGAUGUCAAGCUCAUGGAGUCCAGCCUCAGCAUCGAUGUGUUGAAUACACGGCAUGGCGAUUGGGAACCCUUUCUGGAGCGCUUCGAUUUCGGCGUGUCCGUAGUGAUGUCUCAGACUAUGCGCAUCUCCCUGCAUGCACUCGGGCCUCUCCACCUGAACCUCGUCCCCAAGCCGACGCGGCAAAUCCUGGAGUUGCUUCCCUUGCUGCUCACGAGCCUCAGGCCUCCGCAAUCAUCGACAGAAGCAGAGAAGAAGCCUGAUGAGAGCUCGUCAGCGGCAGAUUCGGGUUCGGAAAAGCUUCGCGUGGUGAGCUUGUGGGGGGGACAGCUGGAGGUCCUGUGCAUUGGCGCCCGAAAUGCAGAGGCCAAAGUGGUGAUCCAACCAACCGGCUCCCAGUGGGUAGCCUUGGACGACAAGAUCAGUGCACUCACACUGCGAAGCUUGCGGGUGCGGGUCCUUGGCUCCGAGAAGCUCUCGGAGCCGCUGUGGUUCGAGCAGAAUGCCGCG